AUGUCGGUCUUUGUCGCUGACUCGGUCGCGGCCUGCUUCCCAGCUCCAGUGCCCCGCCCCGCGCUGCCCGUCACAGCAGAGGACGGCGUCCAGGAGCGCAGGUCGCGCAGAGGGUCGCGUCCCGAGUCGCGUAGCUUCUCCUGGAUGCGUCUGGCCAAGAGCUACUUUAGCGACUGGAUCUUGAUCCUUCUCCUCUGGGGUCUGCUGGCCGUCCUCGAGCGUACUGGUGGCCACAAGCGCCAGUUCAGUCUGACCGACAAGACUAUUCAGUUUGCGUACGCCGUGCAUGAGCGCGUCCCACCUCACCUGCUCGCCAUCGUCUCCGUUGUGGUCCCCCUGACCGUCCUCAUUCCCAUCAGCAUCCUUGUUGCCCGCAAUGCCUGGGACGUGCACAACGCCAUCUGCGGCCUCGGACUUUCAUGGACCAUGGCUGGUGUCGUGACCCAGAUUGUCAAGAUGAUGGUUGGCCGUCCCCGUCCUGACCUCAUCAACCGCUGCUUGCCCGCUGAGGGUGCCGCCGAUGCGCCGGUCUGGGGCCUCUCCAACUACACCAUCUGCACGUCCACCAACCAGCUUGUGCUCGACGACGGCUUCAAGUCGUUCCCCAGCGGACACUCGUCGCUCUCGUUUGCCGGUCUCGGCUUCCUGACCUUUUACCUGGCCGGCAAGAUGCACCUUUGGGACAGGUACGGCCACCGCAACCGCGCCUGGUUCGCCCUCAGCCCCCUCCUCCUCGCGGCCAUGGUGGCCAUCACGCGUACCCAGGACAACCGCCACCACUGGCAGGACGUGCUUGUCGGCUCGGCGCUGGGCCUUGUCAUCGCUUUCGUCUCGUACCGCACCUACUAUCCCCAGCUCGCGCACCCCACGUGCCACCUGCCCCUCCUCCCGCGUCCCGGCCGCGACGACAUUACAGACGAGGACAUCGAGUACGAGGCCCUGCACCCGCACGGUCUUCUCUCCGACGAGGGUGUCCCCCGUCCCAGCAACGAGGAAGAGCUUGUUUGGCGUCAGUAA